UAACCCCUGGCCUUCACGGCAUUGCACGCUCGCCAAUGCGACUUGAAUUAGAUUGAGAUAUACGAGACCCUGGCGCUUGAUGAUGACAUAGGAUGAGGCUGUGCGCCCUCUGGUGGUGUAUGGCAGCUUUGCGCAUGUUCCUUUCACCACCGUUGCUCUAUCUCACGCUCUUUCUACACUCUCUUCUCUUUGUCGGUGGCUUUUGACGACGUCGCAUCGUUAUUUGCGGGAUAUCGAUCAACGCGCGCCUGUUUUUUGAGACUAUAUUUGUGAAUAGCACUGCGACUGCGAUCCGGUCGUUCCACACAACGACUUGCUUCUCCUGGAUACGAGAGGUGAAAGUAGAAGUCAAGAAACAACAAGAGAAGGGAAACACACAGAACCCAAAGCAACGAUGUCGCUGGACUGCUCGAAGAUCCCAGAUACAACCAAUACAGAUGCUGGAGUUGCGGGUGCAGGCACCCUAUUAUCCUUCAUAAUCACAAACAUCCUCUCAAUCCUCCUCUCCGCCACCAUCAUCCUGCUCGGCCUCCGAAAAUCCACAUCGGCACCGAUAUCGCGCAAGCUGCUGCAAUCCUUCUCGGACCAGCAGAUCCUCACCGGCAUCGGAAUCCAAUCCGUCGGGCUCGCAAAGAUGAACACAAUGGUGCCCUACCACUUCUUCAUCAUCUGGCUCUUGUCUCUACUCUCCACCGCAACGAAUCUCGCCACGCUGCUCGCCCUCGUCAACGACUUCAAGCGCGACUGGGUGCUCCGCUGGAUACGCCAGUUCCUCAUGUUCGUCAAUAUGUCGCUUGGGAUCCUCUCUGGCAUCUUCAUCUUGCAGACAGUCAUGAAGAAUAUGUCGCCCAGGCUCCCUAUUGCGUGUGUUUGGCAUAUAGAUAGUAAGGGGUCGUCUGACAACGCUGCGCUGAGUAUCGCGGGUACCAUCGCUGUUAUCGCUGGCCAGGUUAUUACGUUUGGCUUUGCAACUUGGUACCUGCAUAACCGGUCCAACCCGCGGUGGCUCAAGACCGUGCAAGUAAUCGGACUCUUUGCGUGCCUUGCAAUGGGUAUCGGGGCAACAACGCGUGUAGUCCUUGAGUCCCAGGCGUUUGGCUCGCCUCCCGAGUCUGUUCAUCUUGUUGGGCCCAGUGAGGGCAACUGGAGUUUCGGGCAGUUACUUCCGUUGCUGCUGCUUGUUCUGCCGAUUAUUAGUACUGUGGAGAUUGCGAGAGGAGAGGAACUCAAGCCAAAGAGUAAGGUGGAUGAUGAUACCACGCCGCUUUUUGCCAAUGGCUCCGAUAUGGAGUUUCAGCCUAAUCCGCUAGUAGGGUCAGGGAAUACAUUGUUUAGGAAAUAGAUGGUGCAUGGGCAUGUGAGAUGUGGGCGGAUGAAUAUGAUAUUACGAGAUUUCUUUUUCCUUCCAUCAUUAUAUAGGAUGAUGUACACGUGAUAAUACGAGUAUCAACUUACAUGUUUGGUCUUGGUACUCAAGGACGUAUCUUCCAUUAAUAAAGGGGAAGGCGGCGAGGUCGCUAACAUGUGAAAUAGAGUCGGCGGGAAUAAGCACAACAAGUAUUGAAACAUCGAGUGCUUCUCAAGAUUUCUCCGAGGAAAAGGAUACGCGAUGAUAUUCAAUGAUAGAUUUAGGAAUACAAGAGUAAGAUUCUGACGAC